GGACUUCCGGCGCGGUGCGGAAGCGGCGGCGUAGUGGCGGAGUAGGCGGCGCGGAUGCUGGCGGCACGGCACGUCGUGUGCGCCCUGUCCGGCGGCGUGGACAGCGCCGUGGCCGCGCUGCUGCUGCGACGCAGAGGUUACCAGGUGACGGGGGUGUUCAUGAAGAACUGGGACGCCCUGGACGAGCAUGGCGUCUGCACCGCCGAUAAAGACUGCGAAGACGCCUACAGGGUUUGCCAGAUCUUAGACAUCCCUUUCCACCAGGUGUCCUACGUGAAGGAGUACUGGAACGACGUGUUCAGUGAUUUUCUAAAUGAAUACGAGAAAGGAAGGACUCCCAACCCUGACAUCGUCUGCAACAAGCACAUCAAGUUCAAGUGCUUUUUCCAUUACGCGGUGGAUAACCUUGGAGCGGACGCAGUUGCCACGGGCCACUACGCACGGACGUCCCUGGAGGAUGAGGAGGUCUUCCAGCAGAAGCACGUGAAGAGGCCAGAGGGGCUUUUCAGAAACCGAUUUGAAGUUAGAAAUGCGGUAAAGCUUCUGCAGGCAGCUGACAGCUGUAAAGACCAGACCUUCUUUCUCAGCCAGGUUCCCCAGGAGGCCCUGCGGAGAACCCUCUUCCCCCUGGGGGGGCUCACGAAGGAUUUUGUAAAGAAAAUAGCUGCUGAGAACAGACUGCAUCAUGUGCUGCGGAAGAAGGAGAGCAUGGGCAUCUGCUUCGUGGGCAAGAGGAACUUUGAAAAGUUCAUCCUGCAGUACUUACAGCCGCGGCCUGGGCGCUUCAUCUCCAUAGAAGACGGCACCGCGCUGGGGACACACAGAGGUUGGUUCCUGUACACGUUAGGCCAGAGGGCCCGGAUCGGCGGCCUGCGCGAGCCCUGGUACGUGGUGGAGAAGGACGGCGCCACGGGCGACGUGUUCGUGGCCCCCCGGACGGACCACCCGGCCCUGUACAGGGACCUGCUGCGGACCAACCGCGUGCACUGGAUCGCGGAGGAGCCGCCCGCAGCCCUGGUCCGCGACAAGAUGAUGGAGUGCCACUUCCGCUUCUGCCACCAGAUGGCGCUAGUGCCCUGCGUGCUGACCCUCAACCAGGACGGCACCGUGUGGGUGACGGCGGUGAAGGCUGUGCGGGCCCUCGCCCUGGGACAGUUCGCCGUGUUCUACAAGGGGGAGGAGUGCCUGGGCAGCGGGAAGAUCCUGCGCCUCGGACCGUCGGCCUUCACGCUCCAGAAGGGCAAGAGCCGGUCCAGCGUGGCCACCGAGGGCCCCGGCGACGGCCCCGGCUCGGGACCUGCGCCCUGAGCACCGGAGCGGCUGCGGAGGAGCAGAGCCUGGGGCGGCCCGCGGCAUCGCUGCUGCUGGAACCGCUGCCCAGGAGGGGCCAGGACUUGCUGACUGGGGGUCUGUCCAGGGGCCCGCCCGUAGUGCCUCUUACACCCUGGAGGGGCCGCAGGGACCGCAUGGAAUAAAAACCUGUCCGGCA